UGCGGGCAGAUGGGAUUAGUUUAGAAUGACAGUAUGGUCAGCACAGACAUGGUGGCCCGAAGGGACUGUUCUUGUGCUGUUCUAUAUGCUUUAUAUAAAGGCUUGGAUCAGGUAAUCAGGAUGGAUUUUUAUGACAAUCUGACAGCUUCAUGGUCAUAUACUGACAGCUGUAAUUUAUUGCCAAUUCAUUUUAAGUAAUUCUUGAGCUGCAUGGUGAGAUUUAAACUUUGCAUUGUGUGCAUUAGUCUGAGGCUGUUGUGAUUUCUACACUGACUCGAUGUGAUUAUUAACAAGCCAUUCAGGUGUGCAAGAGGGAAACACAAGGGAAUUAGUUUAUGAUCUGGAAAUGACGAAUGCAGGGUUAUGUGGAGAAGGCACAAGAUGAAUUGCUUAUUCGGAGAGCCAGCCAAACAAUGGGCUGAACGGCCUCCUCUGCACUGUACUAUAUCUGUGGACAGUUUAUGUUCAUAGAGUGCCUGAACCAACCCCAGGUGCUUCAUAGGAACAACUGUCAGACAGAUUUUGACAUUGAGCCAGAUGAGGAGAUAACAGUAAAUGAAUUUUAAUGACUAUCUUAAAGGAGGUAACAGAGCUUUUGAGGUUUAGGAAAGGGAUAUUGGUGAUCAGGGUCUUGUCAGCCAGAGGCCCAGUUGUCAGUAAAAGUUGGAGAUAAACAAGAGGCUGAGAUUGAAGGGGUUCAGUGGUCUUUUAGGGCUGGAGAAGUUAUGUAAAUAGGCAGGGGUGAUGCCUUGGAGGAAUUUAAAAACAAGGAUGAGAAUUUUUAAAUUAACACAGAACCAGAGGAUGGGCUUUGAGUGGCAACUUUGCUGGAUUGAAGACUAAAACCACGGUUUUGAGGUUGUUCCUUUUUUUUCCCCUUUGCAGUUCCAGUUACAUUGAGUGCAAUGGGUGAGCCACAGCAGGUGAGUGCGUUGCCUCUGCCUCCAGCGCAGUACUACAAGGAGUACACAGAUGACAAUGUCCGCAAAGGCUUUGCUCCUAAGCCACCGCCUCCCAUCAGGGACAGCUACACUAUGUUUGGCAACCAGUUCCAGUGCGACGACUUGAUCAUUCGUCCAUUGGAGGGCCAGGGCAUCGAGAGGCUCCACCCCUCGCAGUUCGACCACAAGAAAGAGCUCAAGAAACUCAACAUGUCAAUCCUGGUGAACUUCCUGGACUUACUGGACAUCCUGAUCAAAAGCCCCGGGAGCAUAAAACGAGAGGAGAAACUGGAGGACCUCAAACUCCUGUUUGUUCACAUGCAUCAUCUGAUCAACGAGUACCGCCCUCACCAGGCCCGGGAGACGUUGCGUGUGAUGAUGGAGGUGCAGAAGCGGCAGCGGCUAGAGACGGCCGAACGCUUUCAAAAGCAUCUGGACCGGGUGAUGGAGCUGAUCCAGAGCAGCCUCUCCUCACUUCCCGAUGACCUGCCUGAAACUGGGAACCUCAUGGCCAAGGUGAAGAUUGAACCCAUCGACGUGGCCGAGUGUGUUGGCUGUGGGCAAGCAGAAACCCAGAUAGACACCUCAUCCAAGAGUGAAGAAGUUAGCGAUAAAGAUGCAGCCAUGUGUGCUAUCAUUGACGAUAUGACAUAGACACUUCACCUGUGAAUAUAGCCAGACUGCUUCAGAGGAGGCUGGUGCUGAUAGGAUUUUCGUAUAGUGCAAGUGGGGGUGAUAAAUUGUCAAUCUAGAUCCUCCCCUUCAACUAUAGUAGGAUGACAGACUGUGGACUGUGCCUGGAGAGGCCUUGAUAAGCUGCAGCUAUUAGUGCCAGCAAUUUCCAGCAACAAAAUUUGUGCAUUGACGAAGGAAUUUGCAUUAAUGUGACUUCCUUUACAAUCUGGGUAUCUAACCGUACUUUGCCGUCCGUGAACUGUUUAUGAAGCGCAACACGUAGGAUCCCACAUCUUUCCUUAUUCCCCUGCCUUUGGAGAUAUUUGUCUCCCUCACAGCCCAUUCCUAACUUUCUGAGUCCACUUAUGGCAAGUGCUGAGGAGUCACAUCGAAAGAUCAUCUUUCAUGGUUUUUAUUUUCAUUCUGAAAUGGUUCCGGAUUACACAUGCUGUAUAUUGUGCUCCCAGCAGUUAUGUAUCCUGUGGACUGAUGUGGAGUGAACACACUGGUUGACAGUACUUUGGAUUAGAGAGUUAAAAUUCAUUUAUUCUCAUUUUCCCCCUCUUAUCCACUUAUCUUGUCAUAGCACCUCUAACCCUAGCCUAAUCCCGUCUCCUUCUCCUAGGAGAGUAUAUUUACAGUUUGAGAACCUGUCCUAGUAAACACUUCAGUGAUACCCUGUUCGAAGAUCUCCAGUUUCAUAAUGUCUCAGGAGUGAUUAAUGUGAAUGGAGACUGGACUGAACAACUGAAUCAGCUAUCACAUCAGUCAGUGUGCUGUAAGACGUCUUCUGGGAAUUGAGUUGACGUUUAUAACCUGAAGAAAGUUACCUGUACCUUCACAAAUUGUGCAUGUGAAUUUUUAAUGUCUGUUGUCUUUAAAGUCUUACUCCACCAGCACACGUUCCGGAUCCUGGAGUCUGCUUCACGUUCUGUUCUUGAGUAGGUGCAGAGUUGAAGAUUUCAACUGACUAACCGAAUGGGGCAUUGGGUUUGAAGUUAAACUGGAGCAAAUUAGGACAGAAGGUGCAUUCUUUGACCUGGAGAAUGUCUUGCAGAUUCAUAUUGAUGGUAGUAGAAAUGCUAUCAAAUGGGAGAAGUUGAUACUUUAUUGUAUUCUUAAGUGAAACAUUUCUGUUUCAAAAUAAAGGCUCUGUUGCCCAUUA